UUUGUUUUAUAAUAGUACUAUCAAUGCGUACCUCCCAUAUUUGCUAACAAACGUCCUAUACUCUCAUGGACAGCCUAGAGAUCUCAGGAAUCCCUUUUGAGCCUCAAAAUUUAUGCAAAAAUUAUACCCAAACACCGCUUGAAGGAGAAGAAGUCCAUGAAAAUGAAGAAAAAAGAAGCAUGAAGUUUCCUAAAAGAGUGAACAGCAAUGGAAGAAGGUUUCUAGGGGUGAGACAAAGGCCCUCAGGAAGAUGGGUUGCUGAAAUCAAAGACUCAUCUCAGAAGCUGAGGCUUUGGUUAGGGACUUUCGACAGUGACGAAGAGGCUGCUCGAGCUUAUGACAGUGCUGCCAGGCUUCUAAGGGGAAGGAAUGCCAAGACAAACUUCCCAUGUCAUGGAAACAUGAACUCACAUGAAGAAAGUAGCAGCUUAUUGGGAAAGAAUCCGAGGCUGUUUCAAAUUCUUCAGCAUGCAAUCACAAAGAACCAUGCAAGAUCCCCAUCUCUUUUCCCUGAUGAGGUAAUUCCAUGGAAUGAUCAUAUAACAGGUGACAAAGUGGAUUCAAACCAUUUUGAUACGCUUGUUGAAGAAACUAUAGUUUGUUCAUCAAACUCUGAAUCAGCUGGAAGCUGUGGUUUUGAUCAUGAUAGAAAUAUGCUUUCACAGCUCUCAUUUGGUAGUUCCAAGGUUUAUUCUUCUGUUUUUGUAGCUCCUUCUUUCAGUUCUUCUCUAUGUCAAGUAAGAGAAGAUCAAAAGAAUAGCCAAGAGGCUUAGUCACUUCAAUAUCUCAUUCUAUAUACUGUCAAAGAGUGGCCAGUACUCUUUCUUGUAAAUUAUUUUUCAUGUUGUUUUCAGUUAUUGAUUAGAUGUUCUCCUCCAAGCUUAUAAGCUAUUUGUCUUUGGUCGAAAUUACAUAGAGAUUGUCUACAUGAAUGUCAAAUAGAUGUGGAAGUUUUCUAGCAAACAAAGGUAAUACUAGUUUUUUAUGCGUGAACUUAA